CAGCAUUAGCACUGUUGUUACUUUGCUAGCAUGUAGCAGUAGCCAUGCAGAGCCUCUCCGUUUGCACACUGUCAUAGUGUUAGAGAGAUACUGCUCUCCUCCUCCUUUCGCAGCACUCUCUCUCUCUCUCUUUCUCUCUCUCUCCACCUCCCUUCUCUUUCUGUCCCAGGACUGCUGCAGCUAACUCUGCAUCACCUUGCAGUUUUAGACUCUGCUGGCUUUCUGCAGUCCUGUCUCUCUCUCUCAUAUUUUCCUCCUCUUUUUGGUCCUUCACAUCCCCCCUCCCUCCUUUCUGGUCACUUUACUUUCUUAUCUAUCAUCCACCUCUCAUUUCAUUGUCAAAAUGUAUCGGAACCCUUGGAUCUCCAACUAUAUCAACCAUGUCAAGUUGUGCCAAGGCUUCACCAGAGAAACAGCCCCUAAAGUUGGCAAUACCAAGCAACGGAGAGCUCUUAGUUUUCAGAAAGAGUUCUCGUUUGAGGAGAAAGGUGAGGGAGCCAACAAAGAAGUAGAUGUUAGUCUGCUGGGGAAUACACCCAAGGUCUCAGAAUUAAGGAAACGUUUUGAAAGUAUAAGCACAAGUCAGAGUUGGGACAUGAACAGGAAGGAGCGAAUUGCACGGCGCCUGGAAGGAAUCGAUAAUGAUGUUCUCCAAAGUCUUCCAGGUUGUGGUGGUCUAGUUUCUAAUCGACUGCUGGAGGAGGACACUCCAAGAUAUACCCGUGCAGCAGACACCUGUGACCCCUGUACAGUUUCUCUUCAGCACUAUGGCAAAAGUGAACCAAGUUCACAAAGCACAGAUGUUCCAUCCAGAAGUUACGCAGUCCACCCGGAGUCUGUCUUCAGCACUGGCUCCUCUCAUGUGGCAGAGCUGGACUCUAAAGCAGAAAGGAUUGCACGCUACAAGGCUGAACGCCGCCGUCAGUUAGCAGAGCGCUAUGGCAUCUCUCUAGAUCAGGAGAUGGAAACAGACUAUACAACUCGCUUCUCCAGACCCUCCAGAGAGCUUGAUGGUUCAGACAGACACCACAGGUCAAAAUCAGAAGGGAGAGAUGGAGUCGAGCAAAAUGCUUACACCAGCAGCCAUCAUGUGGAUAAGAGCAGCUCAGACUAUCACUCCAGUCCAGAGUACAGCCGCGAGCGCACAGACUCCAUCUCAGAACGUGAAAGAAUGAUGAAUCUGGAGAACCAGAGGAGGGCACAGGAGCGUGACCGAUUACAUGGAGGUGGAGGGGUUGCACCUGACCCAUCUGCGUAUAUGGAUGUGUCUGGAUCUGCAAGGGUACCAGGAAGGGAGCCAGGGAUGAUGGGAGUUCCCAGCUCACCCAAUUCAGGCCGAAGGGGCUUGAUGCUCUCUCCCAAACAGGGAGCGUCUCCUGGUGAUCUGUUUAUUGAGCAGCAGGCUCACAGCAUCCUCCAAAGACACGGUCAGUCAUCCAACCAAUGGUCCCUUCAGACCGAUUCAGAAGGAGACACCGUCUCUCCAAUCAACUGGCCUUCCAGAAUCAGAGUUAGAGAGCGACUGGCCCGCGAUGAGCCAUUUCACAGGGGUCAAACAACAGAGGAACCUGCUUACAACCAGUCAUAUCUUCGUUAUUACCCUCACUCACAGAGCCUCCUAGAUGGUCCUGUCAAACAGCAGCAACUGACCCGUUCUGAAAAAAAGGAACGCCAUGAUAUGGGUUGCCAGAGUUACUUCUCCAUGGGCAGCGAAUCCACUUCCAGGAAUAAGCAAGAGAUUCAGGAGGUGGUUGAAGAAAUGGAGGGAAAACAUGUUGCGAGGACUGAAGGUCUUCUGCGGAGCAGAAAGGCAGUUUUACCUUCUGAGAUUCGAAGGAAGGAACGGAACACAGACGAUUCAUGCUCUGGAAGUGGUGACAACAGGGAGGUAAGCUCAGCUAUUGCUGGGCACAGGAGCAGCGAGGGUGCUGCAAAUGACCCCAGAGGGUGGCAUGGAAGUCGGGCAAGACGGGAAGUUUAUACAGAGCACGUGUCUCGACUUCAGGCUGCAGAGUCUUUGCAGGCAAGAGCUCGAGAAGCUCAUAGAAGGCCUGAUGCUAGCUGCUGCGCCCCAAUCCAGACCUCCAGUGCAAGACCAAUGACAAAUUCAUCUAAACCCAUGGAUACUGGAAAUACACAAAAAACUGUUCUCCCCAUCCAGGAGCCAAUCAGAGAGGCUGUCCAACAAGAAAAAGUGCCAAAUGUUGAUCACCUGUCCCAUGAUGCCAGGGUUUCAGUAGCCCAUCUCCGCCACACAUACCUGCAAAGUGUUGCAAGUCCCCGGAAAGCCGAACUGGCAGAAGAGCUGCCUGCAGUUACAGAUGUACCCUGGAGAAGCAUGCGAGUCAGAGAUCGGUCAUCUCGUCGCCCUUUGCGAUAUAUAUGUCCCACUGAAAGUAGAAAGACAUCUGAGAGGUUUAGAACACAGCCAAUCACAUCAACCGAGCGUGAGCAGUCGGACCGGUCUCAUCUAAGCUCUGAACCAUCAAGCCCUGAGGUGGAUGAAGAGAAACUAGAUGAGAGAGCAAAGCUGAGCGUAGCUGCCAAGCGUUCCCUCUUCAGGGAGCUUGAAAAGACUUCAGAUGGUUCCGUUUUAAAGACAUGGAGUCGUAAUCCUGCUGUUGAGCGGAGAUUGAGGAGAGGUCAAGAUCGAUCCCGCACUCAGCCAGUCACCACAGAGGAAGUAGUUAUUGCUGCUACUGCCCCUGGCCAUUUGUCACAGUCCGUGACUUUACAAACCUCUAUAACGCGCGUUCCUAGUCCCACUCUAGUCAGCACCUCUGUGACCAAACACAGCUUGCAGGCUUCGUCUCAGCAAAGCUCCAUGGUGAGAGAGCAGGCCAGAGAGGUUCGUCUGGCUCAGGAGGCAACGGAGACAGAUCGAGCUCGCCACGCUUCUCCGGGGGAAGGCGGACACGAGGAGCCAGACCUUUCCACACUCACUCUAGCAGAAAAGAUGGCACUUUUUAACCGUCUUGCCCAGCCGUCCAGCCACGGCUCUAGGGCCAGAGGAGACACGCGUGCACGGAGGAGUAACGCACGCUAUCAGACUCAACCAAUCACACUAGGAGAAGUCGAACAGGAUGGUUCUGGUUCUGAGAUGUUCGAUGAGGAAUCUGAGUUCUCAAUGUGUCUCAGUGAUCUGGAACAUUUUCAGCCUGCAGGUGGAGCUCGUUUUGCACCCAGCUCCAACUCAGCCAUGAGAUCCUCCACUGUUUCCACUGAACAUGCGGGCGACAUCCAUCUGACCAUGCCAAAUGUAUCUGGGCCUGCAUAUUAUGAGCAGACCGUUUCUCCACCGCAUCACCCUCAGCCUGCCCAUGAGAUCCAGACACAUCAGAGUCUGGCUGAAGGGGAAAGGCUGCUGUUGAGCACUGGGAAGAGGAAGCUUCCCUCCCCAGACAGCGUGAAACGGACACCGCAUGCUCAGCCGGCCAGAGACUGGGACAGUAAGGCUGUGGCGGUGACCUCUCAAGACCUUUCACAAACAGAUGGAGAGCACACAACAGAUCUUCCUGUACACACUGCCGCUGCUGUAUCUGCAUUACAGAGCCAUUCUCUCCAUGAGGACCACACCAGAGAGGAAGAGCAGGAGAGCGACUUCAAAACAGAAGACGGAGACGAGCUCUCGGACGUCAUGUCUGCCAGACAGAUGUCCAUCAAAGAGAGGCUGGCUCUGCUGAAGAAGAGUGGAGAGGAAGACUGGAGGAACAGGAUAAAUAAAAAACAGGAUGUGGUGAAGGUUGCUGUGUCUGAAAGACAUGCCCAGCUAUGGGAGGUGGAGCAGAGCUUCAAGAAGAAGGAUGAUGGGAUGAUGAUAGAUGACUUUGCUGUGUCUGAUCAACUCUGGGAUCCUGUCUUUUCCUCCUCCCUUUUGUGUGCCUCUGAACCACUGGAUCAAAUAGCAAACCUUCCCAAGGCUACCCUCCUGCCCGUGCAGGUGGAUGAGCGUCACCCCUGGAGACGGAAGAAGAUGGGAAAUGAAGUUGUGGAAAGCCAACAGCUUGAGCGAGUAGAGAUGUCUAUUCAGGAACGCAAGCAGCUCAUCACUUCACAAGAGGAGGCCUGGAAAGCCAAAGGUUACGGAGCAGCCAACGACUCCACUCAGUUUACAGUGGCUGGACGUAUGGUCAAAAAAGGCCUGGCAGCCCCUUCUGUUCUCACAAAUCCCGUGUUGUCUCCUCUGUCUUCUAAAAACAAGAAUACAUCCCAUACCAUCACAAAACCACAUGAAGAGAUUGAAGUCAAACAGAACAUGAAGCUGGAGUCAGACAUGAAGUUAGAAAAGUUGGAAACAUUCCUUGGUCGUUUGAAUAGUAAAGUUCCAGGACUUCAGGAGGCCACAAUUGCUGUCACGGAGAAGUCUGUAAAAGAGGUCAUGACUCUGGACGAUGAGGUCUUUGAUAAGUUUUAUCGACAUGCAGAGGAUAUGGCAAAGUUCACCAGCAGAGUGGAAAUUAGUGAUGAUUUUGAUGACAUCUUUGGAGUACAGCUGCCCAGGUUGACUUCGGAAAUGGUGCAGCACAAGCGGGCAGUUCGGCCUACCAGAAAUGUUCAGUCAUCUAAAAACCCGCUGAAAAUGCUGGCUGUUCGGGAGGACAUCAGACAUGAGUACACGGAACAAAGACUGAACAUCGGCCUUCUGGAGAGCAAGAGGAUGAAACAGGAAAAGAUGAAUAAGAACAGCGGUUUCUCUGAGGUUGCUCUCGCCGGAUUGGCCAGUAAGGAGAACUUCAGCAGUGUGAGUCUGCGAAGUGUGAAUGCCUCUGAACAAAGCUCCAACAACAGUGCCAUGCCCUAUAAAAAACUCAUGCUCAUUCAGGUCAAAGGUCGCAGGCACGUUCAGACCAGACUGGUUGAGCCCAGAGCUUCCUCCUUGAACAGUGGCGACUGCUUCCUCCUGAUCACACCACAUCAUUGCUUCAUCUGGAUUGGAGAAUUCGCUAAUGUUAUUGAGAAGGCCAAAGCUGCAGAGUUGGCCACGUUCGUUCAAACCAAGCAUGACCUGGGAUGCAGAGCCUCGUAUGUUCAGACAAUUGAGGAGGGUGCAAACACUCACACACACGCUGCCAAAGACUUUUGGAAGAUUCUCGGUGGCCAAACCAGUUAUCAGUCCGCUGGCACUCCUGAACAAGAUGAGUUUUAUGAGAGUGCAGUCGUAGAAACCAACUGCAUAUACAGACUCAUGGAGGAUAAACUUGUUCCCCAUGAUGACUACUGGGGUCGAGUCCCUCGCUGCUCCAUGCUGAACCCUAAAGAGGUGCUGGUAUUUGAUUUUGGUAGUGAGGUCUAUGUAUGGCAUGGCAAGGAGGUGACGUUGGCACAGAGAAAAGUGGCAUUUCAGCUGGCGAAGCACUUGUGGAAUGGCACCUUUGACUACACCAACUGUGACAUUAAUCCUCUGGACCCUGGAGAGUGCAAUGCUCUCAUACCCAGGAAAGGCCAGGGACGACCAGACUGGGCUGUGUUUGGCAGGUUAACUCAGCACAAUGAAACUACUCUUUUUAAAGAGAAGUUUUUGGACUGGAGUGAUUCCAAGAAUUCUAAGAAAAAUGGUGACUUGCAUGUUGAAAACAAGGAGCUUCGGAGUGGUGAAUGUCGGCCCUAUGAUGCGUCUCUGAUGCUAUCUGCAUUACGGGCGCCAGUCAGGACCGUUCUGGAUGGGGUGAACAUUGGACGAGGAUAUGGAUUAGUGGAAGGUGAAGAGGGACGUAAUUUUGAGAUCAGCACAUUGUCUGUGGAUGUCUGGCAUAUUUUAGAGUUUGACUACAGUCGACUACCCAAACAGAGCAUUGGUCAGUUUCAUGAAGGUGACACAUACGUGGUCAAAUGGAAGUACAUGAUCAGCAGAGCAGUUGGCAAGAGACUGCAUUCAGAAAGAAUCAUCGGUCCAGGGAAGGAGAAAUGUUGUUAUUUCUUCUGGCAGGGUCGUAACUCUACGGUGAAUGAAAAGGGAACGUCAGCACUGAUGACUGUUGAGCUGGAUGAGGAAAGAGGAGCUCAGGUCCAGGUACAGCAAGGAAAGGAGCCUCCUUGUUUCCUACAGUGCUUCAAUGGAGGAAUGAUUGUUCAUGCUGGAAAAAGAGAAGAGGAGGAAGACAAUACACAAAACGACUGGCGAUUGUACUGUGUGAGAGGAGAGAAACCCAUAGAGGGCCAUCUGCUGGAGGCAGUGUGUCACUGCAGCAGCUUGCGAUCCCGGACCUCUAUGAUCCUCCUGAACAUCCCCAAAGCCAGCCUAUACCUGUGGCAUGGCUGCAAGGCACAAGUGCACACACGUGACGUGGGCCGUACCACUGCAAACAAAAUCAAAGAGCAAUGUCCUCUGGAGGCAGGGCUUCACAGCAGCAGUAAAGUGUCCAUCCAGGAGUGUGAUGAGGGAGCUGAACCACAGGGCUUCUGGGAGGCUUUGGGCAAAAGAGAUCGAAAAGCGUACGACUGCAUGCUGCAGGAUCCAGGAAAGUUCAACUUCACUCCUCGGCUUUUCCAGUUAAGCAGUGCCUCGGGAGAGUUUGCAGCAGUGGAGUUUGUAUAUCCAUCCAGAGAACCAAAUUUGGUUAACUCGAUGCCUUUCCUCCAGGAGGAUUUGUAUACAGCUACUCAGCCAGCCCUGUUUUUGGUGGAUAAUCAUCAUGAAGUUUACCUGUGGCAGGGCUGGUGGCCUCAGGACAGUGAAAGCACAGGCUCAGCUCGCAUACGGUGGGACUCUGACAGGAAGUGUGCAAUGGAAACUGUGCUCCAGUAUAGCAAAGAAAAAAAUGAGAAAAAGACACCAAAAUCCUACCUGAUCCAUGCAGGACUGGAGCCUCUUACAUUCACCAACAUGUUUCCCAGCUGGGAACACAGAGAGGACAUCGCUGAAAUCACAGAGAAGGAGGCCGAAGUAUGUCAUCAGAUCAUUCUUGUUGAAGAUGUCUUGAGCCGACUCUGCAAGACCACUUACCCACUGGCUGAACUAAAAGCACGUCCCUUACCGGAAGGUGUCGACCCUCUACGUCUUGAAACCUACUUAUCAGAUGAGGACUUUGAGGGUGUAGGGGCUUCUGGGAAGAAAGCUUUGGAGAUGACGAGAAGUGAAUAUGAGGCACUGCCUGGAUGGAAGCAAGUGAAUGUGAAGAAAGCCAAAGGAUUGUUUUAAAGGAACUCCAGGAAUCUGAAAGAGAAAAUGCUCUCAUUCCUUUUGAACCAGAACAGACAAACGCAAGUAAAAAUAUCAACCUGUGUCAAAUCACACGGGGAGCUGAAAAGAAGCUGGAGGAAGAAAAAAGAACACAGAUUGGCAGGGGUUUACCAGCCUCUUGUAGCACAUUUCUGUCUUGUUUUCUUCUUCCUUUUUUGUAUUUUUUUGUUUGUUUGUUGAUCAGUGAAUUAGAGAUUUGUUUUCUGAAUGUUUUGAGUGCUCCCCAGCUUGUUUUGCUCCCAUUUUCAUAGAUCUGCGUUUCUCCACAUACUGUAUCACCGUCCAACAUGCACAAGGCAGCGCUAAUACACUGCUGGCCAUCUUGAUAUUAACACCCAUGAAAUAACUCCAAUAAAAAUGCCUUUUAGUGAUUAUGUGAAUGUAAGAAAGCUCAACGGAGCACUUUAUGUAAGUAUGUUCAAACCUGCUCUCAUGAAUGGCCUAAAGAUUAUUUUAACCUUCCAGCUAGAUGCUUGAACUUGAACCCUAUGCGUGUGUGUACGUGAGAGAGUGUUUGUGAAUAUAUACGGCGCGUGAGUCUCUUCGAACAGGAUUGAAUGAAACUGUGGAAAAAGAGAAAAUCUCCUUCUUUUCUGCAUUGUAUAGUGCCUUGCCUUCAUGUACAGUUUAUAUAAAGACAGAUGCAAGUCUGCAUUUUGAAGACAUAUUUGUGAUAAUAAUAAAUAUUGGUGCAAAUAAACACUGAAUAAUGUAGAUAUUA